GCCGCGCGGCCCAAACAUGACCGUAUCAUUCGCCACAGCUUGAACCAAUGAAACCUCGCCACGUGUAUCACCCAGCCUCUUUGAUCGAAAUGGUUCCGCCGCGGAAAUAUCUCUGCCACUUUCCAUUGUUUGGUCAGCUCCGCCGGGUGGGAAAUCGGCGAUCAACGGCAGCGGGAGUUCCAGCUACUACUACGGAAGCCAUGUCUCGAGGCAUCUCGUACAUAACGGGGACCCAGCUUGUCUCUCUGAAGCGCCUUCCCAACAUCGCCAUAAUCGAUGUCAGGGACGAAGAGAGGAGCUACGAUGGACAUAUAGCGGGAUCGCUUCACUACGCCAGCGGUAGCUUCGGCGAUAGGAUCUCUAAUCUUGUUCAGGAGGUCAAAGGGAAAGACACCCUCGUCUUCCAUUGCGCGCUCAGCCAGGUUCGAGGACCAACAUGUGCAAAAAGGCUGGCAAAUUAUCUAGAUGAGCUGAAAGAAGAUGUAGGAAUAAAAAACGUGAUGGUGUUAGAUCGCGGCUUCAAUGGCUGGGAAGCUGCUGGUAAACCUGUCUGUCGCUGCACCGAUGUUCCCUGCAAAGCUGGAUGUCAGUGAUUGAAUCAUCAACAACUCUACAAGUUCACAAUCCAGGUCCCUGCUAAAGAAGCAACUCAAUCGUACUACCAUUGCCUUCCCUCUAAUGUGGUCUAGAUGACUAAACAUCAUCAUUAACUCUAUUUUAGCAUUUUGGUUAUUGUUAUGAUGAUCCAAAAUGCUGUCUGCAGUGCAUAUUCUGAUAAACAGAAAAACUAGGAAAGAUCUGUCAAAUCCUGGAUCUCCUUUACACACGUUUGUAAACACUAAACAGGGUAUGUCUGGUUUCCGGCAUUGGAUUGCCUCGAAUUGUUACACAAUAUGGUUGUAUUUGCUGAUGUUUUAUAUGGAUGAGCUUGAAUCAUUUUUCUUAGCUUGUGAUGUUCAUCUUAUGCCGGAAGUUGUAGUUGAG